GCGGAGCGGAGCAGGCGGUACAACCAUGUCCGCUGGCGGAGUGGAGUCAGCAGAGGUUACAGUUCCGCUCAUCCAAGGUGGGGGUUCCCAAGGACGUCGGCAGCCGGGAAUGACGGCAAUGGUCCCCCCAUCCUCGAGUCAACACAUACGUACAGCGGGCCCGAUUGUGACUCGCUUUUCACCUGGUUGCUUUGGGCUGAUGCACAGUGGGCCGCAUUUCUGGCACGUGGAUAUUACCUUGUGGCUAUGAUCUCACCCGCCACCGCAAGCGCGACUGCUGUCGAUGUUCUAGAGAACCAGUGCUCGAAGAUUGAAUGUAUAUUUCGCCAGAUUCAACGUACUAUGAUAGAGUGACGCGUCCACCCAAAGAUACGGCGCCCGAGGAAAAAGCAAAGACAUGUAUCAGCCCAAAACCCCUUCAGUCGCGAGAUAACGCAAAAAGAUCAAGUCGCCCUUCAAAAACCCACGCCAGAUCCGAACCCAGAAAACCAAUUUUACCCUAUACAAAACCAUUAUCGUCGUUGCCAAGGAGAGGUGCGUGCCUCCAAUAAUCUGGACCGAUGUGAAACCGGACCGAGCCAAUAUAAGCCCUUAGCUUGAAUUAAUUAUCGUCGAAAGUAUACUUCUUGGUCGCCCGUCUAUACUCGUCGGGAAAGUUAUUUUCGGCCUUCGCCUUGAGAGCACUA